AUGGGUUCUAAGCUAGUGUCAGCCAUUCUUAUACUUGUCGUCAUAGUUCCUACAGUUGCUUUGGCAACCGAACACAUGGUUGGAGAUGACAGUGGUUGGACGAUUAAAUUCGAUUAUGAAAAAUGGGCCGAGGACAAGGAAUUCCGAGUUGGAGAUAAACUCGUUUUUAAGUACCCACAGGGAGUUCACAACGUCUUCAAAGUGGACGGUACGGGCUUUAAGAACUGUGUGGCGCCGUCGGAUAAUGAGGCUUUAUCAACUGGAAAUGAUGUGAUCACCCUAGCAGCUCCUGGAAAGAAGUGGUACAUAUGUGGAGUUGGCAAUCACUGCGAGUCCGGGGGACAGAAGCUGGCCAUCAACGUCCUAGCCGCAGACCAGAAAUCAGCGGCCAACGGGAUCCUGACAUUUGGAUAUCAAGCAAUCACAGCGGCAGGGAUUGCAUUCGCAAUGUGGUUCCUAGUUUAA